GUGCUCUUCCAUAUGUAUUUUACCAUAAAUCAGGUUUUAUUCUUCCAAUCUUCUCUAUUAAUUUUGUUUUGUUUUAUUUACUUCUUGUUUCUUAUGUUUUCUUUUCUUUUUUCUUUUUUCGGCCAUAAAAAAUUAAAAUGCCUCCUAAAAACCAUAACCAUAUGGAUGCUAAAAACGAAAUAAAAAAAGAAAAAGAAAAGUUGCAGAGCUAAUAUAAUCUCAAAUUGUGUUCUUGAUAUAUUAAUUUAGUUGAAAAUUCAAUGGAAAAUUUAGCACUUUUUUAAACCGCGCGUGCUGCAUAUGGGUUCCUUUUCAACACUCAUAUAGAUACCUCUUUGAGAUUUCGUACUACAAACACCUUCCAUGUUUCAUUUUUGUUUUUGUUUUGUUUUUUAAUCUUUCCCUAAUGGGUAUUAUUUCUUCUAAGUCUAUUGCCAGAUUUGUAGUAAUUAAGAAAUCUGUCAAAAGCUGUGAGUUUAUCACACUGAAGAAGUCUCAUUUUGAAUAAUAUCUGGUUUGUAACUCUUUUAAUUUUUUUUAUUUUUUCUGCUGUAAUAACUUGGAUUGGGUUCUAAAGCUAGACUGCCACAGGGAAUACUAGUUCGGUAUCAAAUUAAAUUUGGGUCAAUUAAGAACUCACGUCUAUUUUGUUUUUCUCUCACAGCAUUAAAACUUGAAUCACACAUGAAGGAAUUACCAGGGAAAGUUGCAUCAUCAUGCAGAGUCUCCUUUAAAACUGGGCAACAAUCAACUAAUAUAAAUGGAAAGUUGGAGUCUUGUACCAGAUCAGAUAAUUGCCUACUUGGUAAAGAUAGAGCCUCUUGUUGCUCAUGCUGGUAUUGCUUUUCCUUGGAGAUUCCUCGAAGUCCUAUCAAUGCCAUGGAAUUCCUGUCUCGUUCAUGGAGUCCAUCUUCCUUUGACUUCCAACAGAUGUUUACAUCAAGGAACAAGGUGUUGACACAUAACCAGCCUAAUUCAGAUGUUGAGAAUGAAGAAGACGCGUACGACAAGUCGAGUUCACAGGUUCGAGAAGAGAAGCUAGAGAUAGAGGAAGUAAAUGAGUUUUCACCCCAAAGAAGCAGUACCAUCAGCAGAGCGGAUGAUAUGUUAUGGAUGAACACGAAGAACAAAAAGGGGUGGUUAAGAGGCAAAACUUUAGCUAGCUUAUUAAGACACCUCAGAGCUAAGAAUAAAGAAGAAAUUCGACUCCAUAGAGCCAAUGUUCAUGCUGCCAUUUCUGUGACACAAUUGGCUGCAGCAAUUGCUGGAUAUGCUGCCAAUGGCUGCAUGGGAGGAGCAAAAGAUGAUAUUCCCACCAUCAGUGAAGGUUCAGUAAUUGAGGUCAAUAACAUGGAUAAUAUCAUGGCUUCUGCAUCAGCUCUAUUGGCCACAGUAUGUGCUGAAAGUGCCGAGUCAGUGGGUGCACACAAAAACCAUGUUGCUUCAGCUAUUAACUCAGGCCUUGCCUGCCAAACCACAGCUGAUAUGAUGACUCUUAUGGCUGCUACUGCAACAUGUUUAAGAGGAGCUUCAACACUCAAAUCAAGAGCUAUAGCCAAUACAAAAUUUCCCAAGAAACAAGAGCUGAUUGAAGUGAAAGCCCAGCUAUCAGUAAUCACUCCUUCUGGACAUAGAAGACACACUUGGGUUUCGAUUUAUUCGAGGCAUAAUCAGCUUACAUUAAGCCUUCAGAUAAAGUAUUUGGGUGUCAUACCAAAAACUAGGGAAUAUAAGAUUUUGCAUGUGAUGGAGAAGAUGAUGGAAUCUCAAGGUCACUACUCAAUCACCUUAAAAAGCAAUGAGGGUAAUAUCAAGCUAGUCUUUAAAGAUGAAAACCAAUCAUUUCUCUGGACAUCAAACAUUUCUAAUCUCUUAAAGAUGCAUAACUGAAGUUAUCGAGUAUUCGACAGUUUUCAUUGUGUUUGUUUCACACCGUGCUGAAAAUGCCUUGAAUUCUUCUUGCUCUUGGAAUAUUGAUUUUUGAAUACCAAGAAUUAAGCUUAUUUGAUAGUGACUUUCUUUCAUUUAUAAAAUCUUGUUAGCAAUUACUAAUUGCAUUUCUAAAUGACUUUGAUAAUAUACAAACAAAAUUAUCAACCAAAUGAUUUGUUUUUUUAUCCAAUUGCAAAAGAGAGUUUGAAAACUGUAUGGGAUACUAAAAUUACAAAUAUUCAAUAGCUUAAUAAACAUAAUUUUGAAUAAAAUUAUCUCCUGUUAUUCGGACAAAUAAUUUAUCAUAACUUCAAAUGUUUUAUAUCGAUAUCUUUAUAUCAUUUUAUUUAUUUUCUUCCUCCAUUAUUUUCUUUAUUUCUAGCAAGGUCCUAUCUU